GUAUUGUAGUUAGAUGAAGCUCCUAUGCAUGCAUUAUAGGCCUAUAUGACUUCUUGGAAUCAUUCCUAAUAGUUUUCUUUUUAACUCAAAUGGCCGCCAAUAAGGUUGCAGCUCUUCAGAAAAAGAAGAGAAAAGACUUCAUACCUUACUUUUUGGGUUUUGUCCUGUUUUUGUACUGCACAGUUCAUUUUGUAUCAUUCACGGCAAAUACAUCUGACUGGAGCCACGCUAUCAGGGUGCGUCGUGCACUUGAGAAUGAGACGGAGUGCAUCGCGCCUCAAUCGUCCGAGUUCCCUGAAGGCUUCUUCACCCUGCAGGAGAGGAAGGAUGGAGGCCUCAUUAUCUACUUCAUGCUCAUCUUCUACAUGCUCUUGGCCGUGGCCAUUGUCUGUGAUGACUACUUCCUGCCAUCCUUAGAAGUCAUCAGUGAGCGCCUGGGACUGUCUCAAGAUGUCGCUGGAGCUACCUUCAUGGCAGCUGGGAGUUCUGCACCUGAGCUGGUGACAGCCUUUCUGGGUGUGUUUGUGACAAAGGGGGACAUUGGGGUCAGCACCAUAGUGGGUUCAGCUGUCUACAACCUCUUGGGCAUCUGCGCUGCAUGUGGACUCUUGGCCUCGAUGGCAGGACGUCUCACCUGCUGGCCAUUGUUCAGGGACUGCUUGGCAUACGGCAUCAGUGUUGCCGCCGUGAUUGCCAUCAUUUCUGAUAACAAGGUGUACUGGUAUGACGCCGCCUCUCUCCUGCUGGUCUACGGCGUUUACAUCAUCGUUCUGUGCUUUGACCUUCGUAUCAGCGAGUUUGUCCUGAGGAAGAUCAGUCCUUGCUGCACCUGUCUGGGUAAAGGCUCAUGGGAGAAGAGCGAAACGCGACCUCUGAUCGGCUGGCACGAUGACACUAGCCUGCGAGUCCACAGUCGCUCCAGGACAGACAGUGGGAUCUUCCAGGAUGAUUCAGGAUACUCCCAUCUCUCUCUCAGCUUGCAUGGACUCAAUGAAAUUCCUGAUGAACAUAAAAGUAUGUUUGCUGUGCCGGAGAGCGACUUGAAAAGGAUCCUCUGGGUGUUGUCCCUACCCAUCAUCACCUUGCUUUUCCUGACUGUCCCCGACUGCAGAAGACGGUUCUGGAAGCAGUGGUUUGUCAUAACAUUCAUCAUGUCUGCAGUCUGGAUCUCGGGUUUCACAUACAUCCUGGUGUGGAUGGUCACUGUUGUUGGUGAGACACUUGGCAUCCCUGACACAGUGAUGGGACUCACUCUGCUUGCAGCUGGGACAAGUAUUCCUGACACUGUAGCCAGUGUUAUAGUGGCCAGAGAAGGCAAAGCUGACAUGGCCAUGUCUAACAUUGUGGGUUCAAAUGUAUUCGACAUGCUGUGCCUGGGUUUGCCAUGGUUCAUCAAGACUGCAUUCGUGGACACCAACAACCCUGUGGAGGUCAACAGCACUGGACUGGUCUUCGUUUCUUCAACACUCCUCCUUUCAAUCAUCUUCCUCUUUGUGGCUGUGCAUGUGAAUGGGUGGAAACUGGACUGGAAAUUGGGAAUUGUUUCCCUCACCUUUUACAUUCUUUUUGCUACACUCUCUAUCCUGUAUGAGCUGGGGAUUAUUGGGAAUAAUCCUUUAAGACUGUGCAGUGACUGAGAUCUGACCCUCCCCAGGACCAAAGCCAUGUUUUACAACGACUCUACCUAAAUAUUUCAGGCAUGUUCCCACUUGUGCAACCUCCCAAUUAAAUCUGCUGUGCCAUGAAGGAUGGGUCGCUCACAUCUCAGGAAGAGGGAGAGGUCAACGUACCAAAGAUGUUGAUGUUGUGGUGUGACCUUGAAACCACAAAGGUUAUCACACUGCACCACUUUCUCUACUCCAGUCAGCUUUGAGAUGUAUUAUUUAUAUUCUUCCAAAAUGGGAAAAUGUGACAAGAGUCAGCACUCAGCCCAGACAGAAGAAAUAAAUAAGA